CCUAUGUUAGAAAAAUAUUUUGUUUACGUUUUUUUCUCCGCUGUUGUACGAAAGUCUUGGAGCCGGCCGGCCCUCGACUGAUCUUGUUCUUCAUCAGAAUCAUCAGUACUCUCUCUCUCUCUCUCUCUCUCUCUCUGUACGUGCGUUGAUCCAAUUUUCCUCCAAACAAGAAAAUGAAAACCAGGCUCAUCUUGGCAGCAGCAAUACUAGCAGCCCUCUCAAUUUCCCUAUCAUUAAUCACUAAUCAUUUAUUCACCCCACCUCCCUUACCUGGGUCCCUCGACAAUCUCCACGCAGCAGAGAUAAUCCACCUCCCCGGAGCCCUCGGGCCGGAGAGCCUCGCCUUCGAUCCCAGCGGCGGUGGACCCUACGCCGGCGUCGCCGACGGCCGGAUUCUCAAGUGGAUAGGUGAUGGCCACGGUUGGGUCGAUUUUGCUGUCACCACUUCUCAAAGGAAGGAUUGUGUGCGUCCAUUUGCACCCGAAAUGGAGCAUGUGUGUGGAAGGCCGUUAGGACUCCGGUUCGAUAAAAAUACUGGAGAUCUUUACAUUGCUGAUGCCUACUUUGGCCUUCAAGUAGUUGGGCCAAGUGGAGGUUUGGCUACUCAGCUAGUUGCAGAAGUUGAAGGCCAUCCUUUGCUAUUCACAAAUGAUAUGGACAUCGAUGAGGACAAAGAUGUCAUUUACUUCACAGACACAAGCACCAGUUUUCACCGAAGGCAAUUCAUGCCUUCAAUUUUAACCGGCGACAAGUCUGGGAGGUUGAUGAAAUACGACAGAUCAAGCAAAGAAGUAACAAUUCUUCUUAGAGGCCUUGCUUUUGCCAAUGGUGUAGCCUUGAGCAAAGAUCGGUCCUUCGUUCUAGUAGCCGAAACAACUACAUGUAGAAUCUUAAGGCUCUGGCUCGAUGGCCCAAAUGCAGGAAACUUCGAAGUUUUCGCUGAUCUACUGGGGUUUGUGGACAACAUAAGAAGGAACUCAAAGGGUGAGUUUUGGGUGGCACUGCAUGCCAAAAAAGGAGUUCUGCAAAACUGGGCUGUCUCAAAUCCAUGGGUUGGGAAAGCACUUUUGAAGCUUCCCCUUAGUUUCAAGAAACUGCACUACUUGUUGGUAGGAGGAAAGCCACAUGCAACUGCAAUAAGGUUGAGUGAGAGCGGAGAGAUUCUGGAGGUGUUGGAAGAUAGUGAAGGAAAGAGCUUGAGGUUUAUUAGUGAAGUGGAGGAGAAUAAUGGCAAGCUGUGGAUUGGGUCAGUGUUGAUGCCUUUCAUCGGCAUUUACAAUUUGUGAAGAGGACUUUUGCCCAAAAAUGCUUUCCACAAUUUGGGUUGCUUUAGAUCCAUGGUUUGGGACAUAGCAGUAUGGAUAUUCAGGAAGAUAGUGAAGGAAAGAGCAUAUGAUGAUUAUCAGUGACAUGUACUAAUUCACUCGAGAUUUCCUUGUUUUUGCUAUGAUUGAGUUCAUGUUGGACCAACAUUCAUGUUCUUCUCGUUUCUGUAAACGAUGCAAUUGUAAACAAUGCAAUUCGAAUUACGUGUAGAUUUUUAAGCUUAGUUUGAAACUUAA